CUCGCCGCUCGGUCUCAGACUCUAGAUAAGAACGCGUUUUGCCCGUUCCGUUCAGCCUCUCUCUCUGUCCCGAUUGAGGAAGGAGGAGGGAGGAAGAGACAAGGCUAAGCAUAGAGCUACGCAAUCCAUCGAUUGAGACAUGAAAGUAGCUCCGAAGGUGAUUUUCCUGUUCAAGGACCAGGACGGACUCGGUCCAGCAUUCGCCGACGCUCUCCAACCCGACCCGAGCUCCAAUCUUCGCCGGCUAGAGGAGUCCUUUGAGCUCCCGUUGGAGCGUUACGGCAUCGGAGACCGCGGAGCUCGCGGGGAAGUUGUUCACUUCGUCGAUGACCGCGGCGUUUAUCAGGUUUCCGUGCUGCAAAUGCAAAGUUACGAGCCACCUGUAUUAGCUUGCGCACUUAAUGAAGUUUUGGCACAAAUAAUGGAUGAAACAUCAGAAACGGUGCCUACUCUUCUAGUUCCCUUUAUUUCAUCGUCAUCAAACCUCAAGUGGGAGAAAAGAAGUUUGCCCGUGGACAGCAGAAGAAUAUGUCUUUACCGCCUGCAAAUAGGGAGAGAAACAGAUGUCACUCGUGCUAUCACGGCCCAAGCCCAGAAGCCACCAUCACCCAUGGAGAUCCAUUAUGAACCUUUAGCUUGCUUUCUUCACCUUGUACGUGUCUUAAAGUUGCCAACUGUUAUUCUAGUUGGAAGGGUAGGUGAAAGAUUUUCUGAGAAAGGAUCGACAGAUGCUCUUGAGACACUUCACACCAUGGGAGAGCUUUUGGCAAACAAUGUGGGGUUGUGCUUCUCCCGUGACAAGGUUCUGUGGAGCAAUCCUUCAAAGACAUCGAGGGAUGGAGAAGAGCCGUGGCGUGCCCUAUAUGGUUGAGUACCUAAUAUUUGCGAUGGCUAUGGUUCGGUAUCUGACUUGUCACUUGAUGCAUCUGCUGUAUGAUUAUUACUUAACGAGACAUUUGCAUAAUGCCGAACUAAAGGCUUAGAAAGAUUUUACUGCAGUGUAUAGCAAAUGCAUGGCAUUAACCUUCGAAUAUACUUGAGACAUUUGAUG